AUGGCCGCCAUCUGUGGACGUUUGACUCAGUUGGCCGGCAACGCGGACGAGACAUCUAGCCUUUAUAUGUAUCUAUGGAGGGGAGUGAGUACGCGCAUGCGCGCCUGCUCGUAUGUAUGUGUACGCGCGCGCGUGCGUGAGCCGGCGCAGCGACGAUGGCAGAGGAACAGCCGACACUCACAGAGGAAUGAGAAGUCGGCGGAGAUGGCGGACAAACCUCUCACGCUGUUUGUGAAGCUGUUUGCCGCCGGGUUCUACGGCGUCAGCUCGUUUCUCAUCGUCGUGGUGAACAAAAGCGUCCUGACCAACUACAGGUUCCCUUCUUCAAUAUGUGUAGGAAUCGGACAAAUGCUGGCCACAGUGGUCGUGCUGUGGGUGGGCAAGGCAUCGAGGGUGAUCACCUUCCCGGACUGUGAUGAGAGCAUACCUCGCAAGGCGUUCCCGCUGCCUCUCCUCUACGUGGGGAACCAGAUCACCGGCCUGCUAGGAACCAAGCGGCUCAACCUGCCGAUGUUCACUGUCCUCCGGAGGUUCUCCAUCUUGUUCACGAUGCUGGCGGAAGGAAUUCUGCUCAAGAAGAAGUUCUCCCGGCAGGUGCAGCUGACGGUGUUUACGAUGAUCCUCGGGGCGUUCAUCGCUGCGAGCGCCGACCUGGCCUUUGACCUGCAGGGCUACGUCUUCAUUCUGCUCAACGACGUGCUGACGGCGGCUAACGGCGCCUACGUGAAGCAGAAGCUGGACGCCAAGGAGUUGGGGAAAUAUGGACUUCUGUAUUACAACGCGUUGUUCAUGAUCAUCCCCACUGUGCUGUUGGCUCAUGUGACCGGAGACAUGCAGAAGGCCGUGGAGUACGACGGCUGGUCAGACGUGUUUUUCCUCUCCCUCUUCGUCCUCUCCUGCAUCAUGGGGUUCGUCCUGAUGUAUUCCACCGUGCUCUGCACGCAGUACAACUCGGCGCUGACCACCACCAUCGUGGGCUGCAUCAAGAACGUUCUGGUGACGUACAUCGGGAUGGUGUUCAGUGGAGACUACGUCUUCUCUUGGACCAACUUCAUCGGUUUGAAUAUCAGCAUCGCGGGCAGCCUGGUCUACUCCUACAUUACGCUCACUGAGGAACAAUCCAUCACAGCCAGCGAGGUCACCAAGCUGGACAUCAAAGGGAAGGUGGUCGUAUGAACACUGGAAACCACAAACUCUAUUUUUAGAACGACUUCUAUUUAUGCAGCAUUUUAGCAGCCGGCCCCUUUGUGGGUCUGUUUUUACAUUUUUUAAAUUUCUCUAUUUUGUUACUGAAAGGGAAACAGAACAAAUAGUAUUUAUAACACAAGUAUAAGUUACCGACAUGAUGUAAUGUUAUGAGAGUGAACAGCUGGAGGAAUCUGUUACUUAAAGGGACAGUUUGAGUGUUUUUAUCAAUAGAGGUUCUGGUCCUUUAAACAUCGCUACGUCCAGACGGAUCAUGGUAACGUUAAGUAAUCAUUUUAAAUCCUUUUGUUUUCAAAGUCGUGUAACGGAGCAGAAAUGUUCUGCCUUUAAAGAUUAGUUUACAUUGUGCUCCCUCAGUGUUUGGAGUAAACUGUAUUUCUGCUCCGUUAUUCCUCCUUUUGGGGGUUUUGCCUCCAUGACGCGUCGUUAUGGCACUUUGAGCCGAGGUGAGACUGAAUGACCUCAGUUGAGAUUAUUGUUCUUUUCUUUUUUACAAGAGACGCAUGUUUUUCUAAACCUUUUUAAGUCAGGUACGAGUAUUACAUUUUUUACAUUUCUAUCUUCACCAGUUCAUAUUUAUUAGACUAAUAUUCAUGUUGUCGGUGCAGUGAAUUGUUGAUCUGUGACUUUGAUGUAUUUUUACAUUUAAAAAAAACUACUGCCGUCUUG